UGUUCAGCCGGGAUGUAUAUAACCUCACUUUUUGCUUGUGCCGGAUCUGGUGUUUGUAUUUUUCUUGGUCAGAUUUCCUUAGUGAUUUCUCUGGUUUUCAAUAUGUUUGUCCUGUCGGAGUUGAAGGAUACAGUAAGAAUAGCUCCUGAACUGUUUGAACUUCCACUCCCGGAGGCAAUCAAGGAUGAGAUCAAUAGAAAAUUGGCUAAUAAGGUCCUGAACAAUGUUGGCCUGUGCAUAGCUCUGCAGAAUAUCGUGUCACUGGGUGACUCUAUAAUCCUCCCAGGAGACGGUGCAUCCCAUACAGAGGUCAUAUUCCGCUAUAUUGUCUUCCGGCCGAUCAUUGGGGAAGUCAUCACCGGGAAGAUUCGGAGUUGCAGCAGAGAAGGCGUUCAUAUAACUCUGGGAUUUUUCGAUGAUAUCCUAAUCCCACCGGCUGUCCUUCAGCAUCCUUCGCGUUUUGAAGAAACCGAACAGGCAUGGGUAUGGGAAUAUCCCCUUGAGGAUGGGGGGAAGCAUGAUCUCUUCAUGGAUAUUGGGGAAUCAAUAAAAUUCCGGGUGACUGGAGAGAUCUUCGAAGAAGCAUCUCCAGUUGGUGGCCAAUCCUCCGACAAAGCCUCCCAUUCCAGCAGUUCAGCAUCCACCACAGAAGCCAACAAGACGCCCUACAGAAUCUUUGGGGCCAUCAAUGAGUCAGGACUGGGACUUCUGUCCUGGUGGGCUCAGGACAAUGCCAAUGCCGAGGAGGGCGAUGAGGAAGAUGGGCAGGAAGACGAGAAUACAUGAGAUAAAAUUACGAUCGCUAUCACCGGCAUAAACAGGUACUGUAAUUUCUGCAGCAGUAGAAAUAUUUGCAAUUCAAAAUCUCAAAAAUGUUUUUUUAUUACAAUAUAUUAUUUUUUUUCAA